UUCAAUUUAGUUGCAGUGAUUGGAGUAAUAUCACGAUAACGUUGGAUAUUUUUUCUGUGUUUUACAGCAACAAUUAUUGACAUAAAAAAGAUGGAAUCGGACGAGAUCGAGAUAGCUUCGAAAUCAGGAACGAAUAUUCGGAGUGAGAAGACCGCCGUUAUUGACUACGACGAAGACAGAGUAAGCUCCAUGAGAUGACAGCAUCAUAUUCUGAAAUAUCGUUUGAUUCACAAUCCUCACCACCUAUCUCGGAAUUAAGGUCACUUAUUGACUCGCCUGAUAUUGACAGUGGAAAGUAUCUGGAUGAUAACUUAGAUAAGAUAGGUGGAACUGGACACAGGCCAGAUCAAUUAAAUUUAAGAAGCAGAGGUGGCAGCCCAACAGAGGAUGAUGACCUAGAUCCACCGAGUUAUCACAAAGCUAUUGGUUACUUACAAUUGGAAGGCAGAGUAAUGCAGGAUGGAGAUAUGGUAUUGUUUGUAACAGAAGAUCUGGAGAAUAAGAUUAAGUUGUCCAGUCCUGUAACCAAGAAGGGUGAUACUCCAUCGUUUCCGGGAUCUCGAAGUUCGACCCCGUGUUUGUAUAGGCAGGCCUUGACUCCUCAGUUACCACCUCUUGACCACAAUGUGUUGAAUGAACUGGAAAUGGAAGCCAGAAAGGUGGCAACAUCUGUGGAUGCAUUGACCGAGAACUUGGCUGCAAUUUUACAAAAUGCAUCGGCUCUCACAGUUGGCUGCUUAGAGACAUACAGAGAUGCAGUUUGCAAGACAUGCGACGCUGUGGAUCAUAAUAUUAAAUCGAUGUAUCAGUUGAUGGCCAAGUGUGAAGAGUUGUCCAAGUCGAUGGGAUCAAUUUACAAGUUAGCAGAGCAGAUCAAAGAGAUGAAGAGGAUGCUGGAGCUGUUUGAGAGCGCGAUGAAUCUGUGAAGCGGCUAAGAAAGUCGCCAUGCAUCUCGAUCGCGAUGAAUCAUCCUGUCGCGGGCACUUUCGCUAUUCUUCAUGGAAGAUGCAGUCGCACAUUGUCAUCCGUUAAUUUAUGGCACAAGUGAGAGCAAGCAAAACGGCGAAGUAUUGCGUUCUCAAUCCGUUGAUGUAUCACGACAAAUAGAAUAAUGCGACGUUCACGUUCCCGGGACUCGUCAAGUGCGUGUGUUCUGUGUAUACGUUUGCACAACGAAGAUGCGCUCGACUGUUAAUUCACAGUGGAUUCUUAUCGGGAUAAUUAGCAUGCAGAGACAAGAAAGUGCGGGAUACACAAGUGUAAAGUACAAUAACUUUAACAGGUAACUGCACAGAUUUAAUAACAAUUGUAUCGUAUAUAGUGACGCCGACUGUUGCGGGAUAGUCGCCGGCAUUUUACAUAGUGUCAUUGUUGGCUCAAUUGUGUUUUAAUUUAUGUACACAUCGUGCAAUGUUAUCAGCUUCCGCAAUUACCUCCCCGUGCAUUGUAUAUACGCAGGAGCUAUAAACGUUAAAUAAAAAAGCCCAAUGAAUA